AUGGCGGCGGAGUGGAGCGCGCUGGUGCUGACCUGCCGGCGCGGCGGCUGCGUGCCCGCCCUCCAGCGAGAGCUGGAGGCGCGCCGGCGGAGGGGCAGCCUGGGCCCGCGCCCGCCGCCGCUGCUCUUGGCCGUGGAGGAUCCCUGGGCGCGGCUGGGCAGCGGCGGGGCCACGCUCAACGCGCUGCUGGUGGCGGCCGAGCACCUCAGCGCCCGGGCCGGCUGCACGGUGGUGACCGCCGACGUGCUGCGGGGAGCCCGCGUCCUCGUCCUGCACACGGGCCGUGACUUCUCCUUCGACGACUGCGGCCGGGCCUUCACCUGCCUGCCCGUGGAGGAGCCCGGCGCCCCGGCCGAAGCUCUGGUCUGCAACCUGGACAGCCUGCUGGCGACCAUGACGGACCGGCUCUGCGUGGGCUCCCCGCCGGGCGUGUGGGUGUGCAGCACUGACAUGCUCCUCACCGUGCCCUCGGCACCAGAGAUCAACUGGGAUGGCUUCCAGGGCGUCAGGGUGGUUGCGGUGCCCGGGAGCUUGGCCUAUGCCAAAAACCACGGGGUCUACCUCACCGAUGAGCAGGGCCUGGUGCGUGACAUCAUCUACAAAGGCACAGAGGCUCAGAUCCGGCAGUGCAUGGACCCUGACGGCACCGUCCCGCUGGUCUGCGGGGUAGUUUUCUUCUCUUCGGAUGCUGCUGAGCAGCUUCUGGCCACCCACGUCAUCCCUCCUCUGGACGCCUGCACCUACCUGGGGCUGGACUCGGGGGCACGGCCCAUCCAGCUCUCCCUCUUCUUCGAUGUGGUGUUGUGCAUGGCUGGGGGGGUGACAGAGGAGGAGUUUGUGCGGGGCGGCGGCGAUGCCAGCGUGAGGAGCGCCCGCUCAGUGCUGUGGACAGCUCUGCGCCCCUUCCCUCUCAGCGUGGCCUGCAUCCCCAACGCCUCCUACGACUACCUGACCGCCUCUGCCAGCGACCACAUCCGCAGCCUGACACUCCUGCCUGGCUCCAGCAGUCACCUGCACUUCUGCAAGGCAGCGCAUUCCCAUGUAGAUGAGCCUGAUCUCCUGGAGGACGGCUCUUCAGUCACCAACUGCCUGCUGGAAGGAGCCGUGCGGCUGGCAGCUGGCAGUGUUAUCCAGCACUGUCACCUCCAGGGUCCCCUGGAGAUCGGUCCUGGCUGCCUCCUCUCAGGCCUGGCUGCAGGCUCCUCAGCAGCCCUGCAGGGCUCCUGUCCCCUGCGUGACGUGGUCCUGCAGGGCCACCACAUCUGCCUGGGCGACCUGCCCUGCCGCAUCUUCACCCUCACUGGCCGCCUCGACGACUGGCAGAGCCCUGCUGAACAGGCCACCUACCUGAACGUGCCCUGGGCAGAGUUUUUCCAGCGGACGGGCAUACGGGAAGGGGACCUUUGGGAUGCGGAGACACCGCGGAGGAGCCGCAGCCUGCUGAGCGCCCGGCUCUUCCCAGUGCUGCACGCCCACGAGGCGCUGGGGCUGCAGGACGUGCUGUGGCUGCUGGCCCCGGCAGCGGCCGGCGAGCGGCUGGCACGCUGGCGGGCGGCCUGGCGCAUGUCCUGGCGGGAGCUGCUGCCCUGCUUGGACGGGGCGGCCGAGCUGGCUGCCCGCCGGCACCUCUUCUUCCUGCAGGGCCAGCGCAAGGUGCGGCGGGUGCUGCUGGGGCGCCGGGACUGCAGCCUCCUGCCCCUCACCCGCAGCGCCGUCCAUGAGGGCUACCACGAGGCCGUGCUGGGCACGCUGGAUGAGGUCGCCUCCACGGCCGGUGACGCGGGCAUCGCAGCCCGGGCGCUCGCCUGCAUCGCCGAUGUCCUGGGCUGCAUGGCACAAGGGGAAGGGGGCCUGAGGAGUGGGCCCGCUGCCAACAGCGAGUGGGCCUCGGCUUUCGCGCUCCUGGAGAGCGGCGACGUGGCCGGCGGCGUCCGGGAGCUGGCAGCUGAGCGGCAGAAGUGGAUGAGCAGGCCAGCUCUGCUGGUGAGGGCGGCCCGGCAUUACGAGGCAGCCGAGCAGAUCCUCAUCCGGCAGGCAGUGAUGUCCUCGUGCCGCUUCAUCAGCGUGGGGCAGGCGGAGCUGCCGCCCUUGGGGCAGUGGGUGCAGGCGCUGUGUCCGGCCCGUCUGGACCUCUCUGGCGGCUGGAGUGACACCCCUCCCAUCACCUACGAGCACGGGGGGGCCGUGGUGGACGUGGCGGUGCUGGUGGACGGGGCCCGGCCGGUCGGCGCGCGGGUGCGGCGCAUCGCGGAGCCGGAGCUGCGCCUCGUCAGCCUGGGCACGCCGCAGCACAGCCAGGCAGCAGCAGAGCUGGUGUGCCGGGAGCUGCAGCACCUGCAGGAUUACUGCCAGCCCCACGCGCCCGGGGCCUUGCUCAAAGCCGCCUUCCUCUGCACCCAGGUCGUGCAGUUCCCCUCGCAGAAGCCGCUGCGGGCCCAGCUGAUGGAGAGCUUCGGGGGCGGGUUUGAGGUGCACACCUGGUCUGAGCUGCCCCACGGCUCUGGCCUCGGCACCAGCAGCAUCCUGGCGGGAGCGGUGAUGGCGGCGCUGUACCGGGCGGCCGGGAAGGUGGCCAGCACCGAGUCCCUCGUCCAUGCCGUGCUGCACCUGGAGCAGAGGCUCACCACAGGUGGUGGGUGGCAGGACCAGGUCGGGGGGCUCGUGCCUGGCAUCAAAAUCGGGAGGUCGAAGGCUGAGCUGCCGCUGAGGGUGGAGGUGGAGAAGAUCCCGGUGCCUCAUGGCUUUACCCAGACCCUCAGUGAUCACCUGCUGCUGGUGUACACAGGGAAGACUCGCCUGGCCCGCAACCUGCUCCAGGACGUGGUGAGGAACUGGUACGCCAGGCUGCCCUCCGUGGUGGAGAACGCCGACGCGCUGGUGAGCAACGCUGAGGAGUGUGCCCGGGCCCUGAGGCAAGGUGACCUGCCUCUGCUGGGGCAGUGCCUGGAUCGCUACUGGCAGCAGAAGAAGUGCAUGGCCCCGGGCUGCGAGCCGCAGGCUGUGGGGCGCAUGAUGGCAGCGCUGCGGCCGCACGUCCACGGGCAGUGCUUGGCUGGGGCUGGAGGCGGUGGCUUCCUCUGCGCCUUAACCAAAGCCCCUCGGCAGAAAGAGGCUUUGCACCAAAUUCUGGCUAAAACAGAGGGCCUGGGCAACUUCAGCAUCCACAGCAUCGAGGUGGACACGAAGGGGUUCACGGUGGAGGUUGUGGAGUGUGAUAUGAAGGCUGGUGCUGGCCCUGGAGGGGACAUGGCACUGUGGAGGCCCUCAGCCCUCCUCUGUCCUGGCAGCUCCACAGGCAGGGCAGGGAUCAGCCAGCUGCCUCCCACAUAGGACUGUACAUGGCCUUUUUGUCCUCCUCCUUGCCCCAAAAGGCACAGAGGUGGGAGAAGCUGUGAUGAGCUGGGCAGGCAGAACCGUCCCUGGAGGGUGGCUUUGCUGGAAGGACAGUUUGUUAUGGCCUCUGGCUUGAUCUUGGGGUUUCACUUUGCUUCUCAUGGUUCUCCAGAGGUAAAGGAACAGCAUUUGUAGUGCUGCCUCUAGCAGGAACAUUCCUGCUCUUGCAGCAGUGGGGGCCCAUGCUGCCCAUUCAGGAUGUGCCUGGAUGCACAAUCAAGUACUUUUCUCGUGCCAAGAGACUAUUUCCGUAGUGUCUUAGAAUAAAAAAAGCUUGUUUCCA